GUUUAGUAGAGUCACUACAGGCGAGUGCGCUGUGUGAAAAGCUCCUUGUCGUCAAGUCCGGCACGCUAUCCGGCAUUGUGAUAUUUCUUUUACCUGUCACCCUGCUCCUUUGCUCCUUUGUCUAAUACUACUAUCUGAGAGCAUCGAGGUAGCCCAUAUGUUUACUCCUUUUGAGACUACGAUUGGCGCCGCGCUAUUGCACCAAGCCACCAGCAAUCUUCUCUAUCAAAACGGCAAUGUAUUGGGCCUUUCGGGUUUGCUGAGACGGAUGGUCGACGCGCCGACCGUCGAGGUUGUGGCUCUCUUUACAGGCAUGGCAGUGAGCGCCCCGCUGCUCAGUUCUCUGGUGCCGGACUUGGCUACGAGGUUUCCUUCGAUGCCGGUGACGAUACAAACUGUUGUGUUUACAACAAGUGUUGCGGCUUUGAUAGGCUGGGGAACGAAGGCGUCAAAUGGUUGCACAUCUGGACACAUGCUUUGUGGUCUUCCACGACUCAGUGGACGUUCUGCAGUAGCUACUGCAACCUUCUUUACCGUGGCAUUGAUUACACACCACAUGGUACAUCCCAGCCUCUACACCAACGCAUGCCCCGGCAACGUACCGUGCUAUACGCCUGUCCUUCCGUCAGCGGCCACUGCCAUAUCUCUUACACUGCUCGCUAGCAGCGCAAUCCUAGCCGCCCGAAUCAUACCGACUCUCAUCAGCAAAGCAGCGUCUAAAUCUACAGCAAACACAAAGACGUCAUCGAAUUCGCAGGUAGCCGCCCGCACAACAACACAAUUCUUCAGCGGCCUUCUCUUCGCGCUUGGCCUCCACGUCUCCGGCAUGGCCAACCCCGCCAAAGUGACAUCUUUCCUCUCCUUCCCCGUCAUGAACGCAUGGGAUCCAUCUCUCGCUCUUGUAAUACUCUUCGGCGUACUUCCCAACCUCAUCACCAUCCAGCGCAAGGGCUUCGCCGAACCACCAGCUUUCGCGGACAAGUUCGAGCUCCCUACAAAGACAAUCAAGGACGUGGACCUGACGUUCGUGGCUGGUGCCGCGGCGUUCGGAGUUGGAUGGGGACUGACGGGGACGUGUCCAGGGCCUGCCGUACUGAGGGCUUUUGCACAGCCUGUCUGGGGGGCGAUGUGGUUGGGUGGGUUCUGGGUUGGCGGGCGCAUUGGUGCUUGAAGGCUGUAUCGCUAUGUUCAUUAUACCC